AUGUUUCCGUACAUCGAAGAAGAGAUGCCAUCAUCAUCAGCAUCAUUAAUGCAUUAUCAACAACAACAACAACACUACUCUCCAUCUUCAACUAGAAGAAUGAAAAAAACAACCGAUAGGAUGAUGAUUGAAAUGCAUCCGUGUAAAGGAAAAUCAUCCCAUUCAUCAACCAUUGAAAGAAGAUUGAAAUUAUUGAAAAGACAUUUAAACAUUCCGAAAUGGAUUUUCGGGAAUGAUGAUCACAAAAAGAACCAUUAUGAAGACUUUCAAAAUAACAAUCCAAAUGAAUCAUCUAAAGAAAUCAAAAUUUCACUGUCAUCAUCAUCACCAAAAAAGCAGCAAAAAAGUUCGAGAGAAUUAUUACUGAAUUUAUUUCACUUUUCCAAGUGGAUGUUAAUUGUUACAGGAGCUACUCCUUGUUUAAUUAUUACAUUUUCAUCGAGAAUUAUUAGGAAUUUAGGAAUUGCUGUAGUCAAGCAAGUAUUGUUUCCAUUGUUGCGUUUGAAGGAUCAACUUGUGGCUCAAUUCAUAAUGACCUCAAAUCAUCCUUCCAUAAUGCCAAUUUCCUCUUCUUAUUCUCUCUCUGAAAAAGAACAACUCUUCAAGGAUUAUAUCAUUCUUUCACACUUGUACCUUAUUCAUCCAAUUAUUGUAUUCUUUUGUAAAUUAUUUUUCUGGGCACUUUUUAACAAGCUGACAGUUCUUUAUGAGAGUGAAAUAGCUAGGAAUUUGCAACAACUCAAUGCGUUCGAAUAUUACAAAUUAAUCAAUAAUGAAAAUCCAAAUGUAAAGGUUUCCAAGUCUUUGACCCUAAAAGAAGAGCAGCUCAUUAAACAGAAUGGGCCCUAUAUUUUCGCCAUUGGAAAUCAACGCAGUUUGGCGGAUGGUAUUGUGGAAUUAGCUUACAAAACACAAAACUCUGUCACCAUUAUGAAUAUUGAAAUGGCACUUUUUCCAUUCUUUGGAUGGAUUAGUUAUGGUGUGGGAAGUGAAGUCAUUAUUCGUCAACUUCCCAAUCAAUCCUGGAAUGUUUUAGAUCAUAUGAGAAAGACCAUGAAACGAGGUCUCUUUCAAACUUAUAUUUAUCCUGAAGGUGCCAGACAAACCUCUGACAGUCGAGAAUUAUUACCUUACAAAAUGGGUCUCUUCAUGUUAGCCAUUGAAACUCAAGCGAGUAUUGUACCAGUCAUUCACUAUGGAAUUGAUGAUAUUUGGCCCUACGACGAUUGGAGGAUUUAUUCUGGCAAUCAGGCGUUUGUUGUGAUAGGGGAACCCAUUUCCACAAAAGGAAUAGUUUUGAAUCAACGAUUUGAACUCAUGGAAAUGUAUCGAACACGAAUUAAGGAAAUGAUUCAACGACUCGAGGAACGUAAAGAGAAGAAUCAAAUCGAUCACUAUUAUAAAAAGUUGUGA